AUUUAAUUUCAAUGUUCGACACAAUAAUGAAAGAGUACAAUCAAAAUAAAAAAUAGUUAGAUAAAUAAGAUGGUAUGAUUUUAUUUAAAUCAGAACUUUUAAGAAGGCAUAUUGGAAUGUUGGCUGAACCAAUGACAAAAAAGGUGUUGCAUGGAUUAAAUGCAAAUAUAGCUAUUCUGCAUUAAAAUGAGCAAAUAAUAGAGAAAGAGACUAAAUAACUAUUAAAAGAAACAGCACAAUUAUAAAAAGAAUCUCAAUAAUGGCAAAUUCUGUACAACAAUUUAAAUGAAACAUUAAAAGUAAUGUUGAUAAUUGUGAAUAGGUUAGAAAGUAGGUGAUAUAGUAAAUUUUGCUUAAAUAAUAGAAAAUGAAUUAUAAGAAUUAUGCGAAAGUUGA